GAGGUGAGAGUGAGAGGACAGCAGCUGGGCUCCUGCCAUAUCUCAUUUAUAUUUAGGGAUCUCAAAGAAGAGGAGGGAAAGGACUAAAGCAGGAGUGUUUGGUGCGUAAAACGGGAUAGGUUGGUCUCCAAAUUCUAGGAGUUCACUUUGAGGCUGAUCGGUUUUAUUUGGAGGUGGGUUUCUGUGCCUCGUAGGAAUAUUUUUUACACGAUUUGCGUCCAUUUCAGAUCAGAAUUAUUGUUAUUAUAAGUAAUUCCGGAGUUGUUAACUCUGAUUUUUUUUUAAACUAUAGCAGGAUUGUUUGGUGCGUAAAACGAAAUAGGUUGGUCUCCAAAUUCUAGCACUUUGAGGCUGAUCGGUUUUCUUUGGAGCGCAUCGGUGCACGGAUUACAAUGCAAAGCGUUUUGGAGGUUUGGCUCACCUUGGUGACGGUGGGGUCGCUCACAGAGGGGGUAUCUGGAGGGUACGGGCUCAGCAUGUUCGCGGCUCAGUCGUCCCCCCCUGAUCCCUGCUACGAUGAGAACGGGAACCCUCGGAGGUGCAUCCCGGACUUCGUGAACUCCGCGUUUGGAAAGGACGUGCGCGUGUCCAGCACCUGCGGGACCCCGGCCGCCAGGUACUGCGUGGUGACCGAGAAGGAGGAGGAGAGGACUCGGGACUGUCACACCUGCGACGCCGGAGACCCCAAGAAAUCUCACCCUCCUGCGUACUUAACGGACCUCAACAACCCGCACAACCUCACCUGCUGGCAGUCCGAGAACUACGUGCAGUUCCCGCAGAAUCUCACCCUCACUUUAUCCCUGGGGAAGAAGUUCGAGGUGACCUAUGUGAGCCUGCAGUUCUGCUCACCCAGACCCGAGUCCAUGGCCAUCUACAAGUCCAUGGACUACGGGAAGUCCUGGGUGCCGUUUCAGUAUUACUCCACUCAGUGCAAGAAGAUGUACAACCGGCAGAAUAAAGCAGCGAUCACCAAGCAGAACGAGCAGGAGGCCAUCUGCACGGACUCCCACACCGACAUGCACCCUCUGACUGGGGGGCUCAUCGCCUUCAGCACCCUGGAUGGGAGACCCUCUGCGCACGACUUCGAUAAUUCCCCCGUGCUGCAGGACUGGGUGACGGCCACCGACAUAAAGGUGAUCUUCAGCCGGCUGCACACGUUUGGAGACGAGAACGAGGACGACUCGGAGCUGGCGAGAGACUCCUACUUUUACGCGGUGUCUGACCUGCAGGUCGGGGGCAGGUGCAAGUGCAACGGGCACGCGUCGAAGUGCGUGAAAGACCGCGAGGGGAACCUGGUGUGUGAGUGCAAGCAUCACACCGCGGGCCCGGAGUGCGACAGGUGCAAACCCUUCCACUACGACCGGCCCUGGCAGCGCGCCACGGCCCGCGAGGCCAACGAGUGUGUCG